AUGCUGGCCGUGUUCGACCAGACGGUGGCCAAGUGCCCGGAGGGCCUCCGCAGCCCGCCGGCGGCCGGUGCGGCGGCGGGGGGCGGAGGCGCGGCCGCGCUGAUGAAGGGCUUCGCCGCCGCCAACGACGCCGCGGUCACCGUCAGCCUCGGCUCCGCCGGCGCCCUCGCCUACUCCUCCGCCAACAAGAACCCCCUCGUCCCCAGGAUGUUCGGUUCUGUAAAUGACAUAUUUUGCCUGUUCCAAGGACAUGUUGAGAACAUUGGCAACCUGAAGCAACACUAUGGUCUGAGCAAGACAGCAAAUGAGGUUACCAUCCUGAUUGAGGCCUACAGAACCCUCCGGGACAGGGGCCCACUCCCAGCUAGCCAGGUCGUGAGAGAUCUCAGUGGAAGGUUCGCUUUCAUCCUCUACGAUACCGUGUCGAAAUCCACCUUCGUCGCUGCUGAUGCUGAUGGCAGUAUCCCCUUCUUCUGGGGAGUUGACUCUGAAGACCACCUUGUGUUCUCUGACGAUAAUGAGCUUCUCAAGGCAGGCUGUGGAAACUCAUUUGCGCCAUUCCCCAAAGGCUGCUUCUACACCACAUCUGGAGGGCUGCAGAGCUUCGAGCACCCGCUGAACGAGCUGAAGGCCGUGCCACGUGUGGACAGCCAGGGCCAGAUGUGCGGCUCCACCUUCAAGGUCGACAGCGAGGCCAAGAAGGACUCGGGGAUCCCUCGCGUCGGUAGUGCUGCUGAUUGGUCUAACCACUUCUAG